AUGGAAACCGUCACCGACCAGCAAGAUGUGCCUAGGCCCAAAAAGGGUAGCCCCUUAAUGACGGACUUGGAGGUGGAGGAGAUAGCUAAAGUCGAGGGUGUUGUUGAUGACAUAAAAGGUGUUUAUAAAAUAGAGCCUUGUGAAGAACAAAGGAUACAAUAUAGAAAGGAUGUUCCCUCACACAUGACAGUAGCUGCACGGCCUAUGAACGAUGUUCCCUCCCCAACAACGCCUUUGCUUGAGAAAAGUUGUUCUCUUGUUGAAAUGAGAGGGAUAAGGCACUGUGGUUGUGAUUGUUAUGCUGGGAAUGAUGUUCCUCAUGGUCCCAGUAAUGCUGAUAACAAGUACAGACAACCUGCAGGGUACCAAGUAGAGGCAAACCGCAGGGUACAAGUACAGACACUAUGUGUCCACGUAGGUAGCCACAUGGCAUUGGUCCAUGACGAACUGUUCCAUCACGGCCUAGUUUGGGCUUGGGCGGGCCUGAGGCAAUUCCACGACGGCCAAGAACCGUCAUGA